AAAAUAAAGUUUCAAAGCCGAUGAAAUCAGUAGAACUUUGGCAACAAAAAGAACUCGACAUGUCUCGAUUUGUUCUUUUACUCGUUAUUGUUACGAUGCUGUACGUGACCGAUGCGGCUCGUAAUUGUCCUCGAGGAGAACAUUGGAAUGAUUGUGGGGGCUGUCAUCCAACUUGCGCCCAAAAACUCGGCCCCCCAUGUCCUAAGAUAUGUCACCCGGAUUGUUUCUGCAACAAAGGGACUGUCAGACGUGAGACAAAAGGCCCCUGUGUGAAAAUUACACAGUGCCCGAAUGGAAUUGAUUAAAUUCAAUAAAUCCAACUAUUGUAAACAAUUUGAAAGAUUUCAAUAAAAUCAAAAAAAUUA